UAUUUACCCUUCAGUCGACACACUAUACUGCACUAGAGAAACACAUUAUUGUACAGGUUUCAGACUUAUUCAGACAAGCAAAAUCGCCUGAAUGCAAAUGCAGCUUGUCUGUUCAGGUAGGAUUGCUCACACCCAGAAUUUGUUCUGACGAUUUUAUUCUGAACCCUGAUAUUACAGGGUGUCGAACACGAGUGAUGUUGCAGGAUAUGAUUUUAUUCUGAACCCUGAUUUCUACACACAAUCCAGAUGACUGACAGGGUUCAAACUUUCUUUUCAGUUUUCGCACAGCCGGGACACCACUUUUGUUUCAGAGGAGACGACCAUGACACUGGACUUGUAGAUCGAUCACAGGCAGAAGAACAAGUAAUUCCUUGUGCACAAUUAAUUCGAUCGGGAGGGCUGCUCGAGUACUACAACUGCAAAAAAGGAAAACAAGGAUUGAUCAGCAUCACCCAAAUUGAUGCUUUCACUUGCUGCGUUCAGACAUGAUUUAUUCACAAGAGAAACAAACAAUGCUCGGGGUUCACAAGUUUUCACACAAACCAAUUUUGCCUCGUCGCGUACGGUGAGGUGCGCGGGCCCGGGCGAAAACGACGCAUCUGGAAGGCACUUUCAGUGACACCUUACCAUCCAUUUGAGUCAAUUGAUGCCUCAAUCGCCUGGAAUUCCAAGUCAUCUGACCAAAGUCGACGUCCCGGGUUCAGACGUUUUCAGACAAACCAAUUUCGCCUCAUCAGGUACUGUGCGGUGCACGGGAAGAACCGACGAAGGUGAGAAUGACGCAGUUGGCAACACGCUUUCGGUGUCACCUUUCCAUCCAUUUGAGUCAAUUCAUGCCUCAAUCGUUUGGAAGUCAAGUCAUCGUUCCUGUACUCGUUAGUCCUUUCUGUCAGUAUGCUUGGAUAUUCUGAAAAAUUACAAGACACCAACUAUGUUAGUAUGCGGUCAAGCUUUUCUAACUUGUGACUAUACUAAUAGAUAGUAAUUACCCAAAACCAACAAGCCACAAUGGCCGAACUUACAGGCGUACAACGCAAGAACUGAUCUGAAUCACUCAAUUUGAUGCUUUCACUUUCUGCGUCCAGACACAAUUCGCUCAGCGGAGAAACAAAUAAUGCUCAGGGUUCAGACAUGCUGCGUUCAGACACAAUUUAUUCACCAGAGAAACAAAUAAUACCAAGGGUUCAGACGCUUUCACACAAACAAAUUCUGCCUUUGUUGGUAUGGUGGGGUGCAUGUGAAGAAUAGAAGGGGACGAAAACAACACAUCUGGCAAGGCACUUUUGGUGACACCUUACCAUCAUUUUGAGUCAAUUAAUCGAUGUCUCGGUCGUCUGGAAUUCCAAGUCAUGAGAUCUAAGUCGUCAGGUCCAAGUCGUCGUUCGGGUGCUCGCUAGACGGUACUAAUAUGCAGACCAAAUAUAUACUUGUAUAAGCUGAAAAACUAAAAGAUACAAACUAUAUACUAAUUAAUAUAUACUUGUACUGUGCAGUCAAGCUUUUCUAAAUGUGACUAUAUACUAAUUAAUAUGCACAGACAAAUUAGAUUGACAAGAUGAAACAUCUAUUAGCAAGUUUGUCAUGAAUAUAGAAUAUAAAAACUUCUACUUAAAUAUCUAUAAAAAAAUAGCGAUCUAAUAUGCAUAUUGGAAACCAUAUCAACGGUACUCUACGAACGGAAGAAGCAUGCUGUUGCGCUCAUUACUUCCAUCAAUCAGUACUCCAAGAAAAAGAAAGGCAACUUGCUGACCAUGUGAACAGAAUACGAUCUAGAACGGCCACCAGUGUCCUUUUCACCGGUUCAAAUUUCUUCUCCAGGGGUAGUCACAUUUCUGUCAGGUCAGUGUCGCAGGAAUCUCAGUUAUACUAUGCUUAAAGUUUCUCAUUUAUUUUCAAGAGAAAACGAGAUAUAUACCAUGGGAUAAUCUACACUAUAUAUAUCAUGACACGGAGUUUGCAUCCUAUAGCAAGAAGAACAUAGAUCCAUUGAAAAAGCACCAAUGGACAAGGUUCUACUCUCCAUCCACAUAGUGAUAUUUGGUGCCCUUCUCUUGUUCACCAGAGGCAAGAGCUUUGUACAGUCAUCAUCAUCUUCUCACACACAUCCAAACCAUACGGUCACAAGCUGUAUCGCUAGUGAGAGGUCUGCACUUCUCGGCUUCAAAGCAGGCCUCUCGGACCCUGCAUACCUCCUUUCAUCAUGGAAGGGUGAUGAGUGUUGCAAAUGGAAGGGCGUCCAUUGCAGCACCAGAAACAGCCAUGUUGUCAAGCUUGAUCUCCAGGGCCAUGGUUGUGACCUCAACAGCGAUGCGUGGACGCAAGUGCUAGGAGGCAACAUCAGCUCCUCUUUGCUUGGUCUACGACAUCUACAGUAUCUUGAUCUUAGCUGCAACGGGUUCUAUGGGGUGCAAGUGCCAGAGUUCUUGGGUUCUCUCCACAAGUUGAGAUAUAUCGACCUAUCGAGUUUAAGCUUCAUAGGAAGGAUACCACCGCAGCUGGGUAAUCUCUCCAACUUACAAUACUUAAAUCUCAACUCGGAAUAUUUCAAUACCACAUACUCUAUGGAUAUCACCUGGUUGUCACAGUUAACAUCCCUUGUGCACCUGGACCUGAGCGGCACGAACCUCACUACAAUUGUUCACUGGCUUCCGGUGGUGAACAUGCUUCCAUCUCUAAAAGUUCUUCAUCUUAUCAAUUGCAAUCUUAGAACUAGCUCUGCUUCACUUCAGCUUUCAAAUCUAACUUUUCUUGAAACCCUUGACCUUUCCGCCAAUGGCUUCCAUACACAUAUCGCACGCAACUGGUUUUGGGAUUUGACUAGCCUCAAGUAUCUAUAUAUCUCAUCGAAUGGUUUCUAUGGCCAAUUACCGGACGAGAUUGGUAAUAUGACCUCGAUAGUAAAGCUUGAUUUAUCAUCGAAUAACCUUUUUGGCAUGAUACCGUCAAACCUGAAGAACAUAUGUAGCUUGGAAGAGUUCUUUGUACAUGAAACCAACAUCAAUGGAAGUAUAACAAAAUUCUUCCAGCGUUUGCCUAGUUGUUCAUGGAAUAAGUUGACAUACUUGUCUCUAGCUUCCAGCAACUUGACAGGGAGACUACCAACCAAACUAGAACCCUUAAACAAUUUGAUCUACCUUGAUAUCAGUCGUAACAAGCUCAUCGGUCCUAUGCCACUCUGGAUAGGAGAGCUCACAAAGCUAACUUACCUAGACCUGGGCUACAACAGCUUGGAUGGUUUCAUACAUGAAGGUCAUUUAUCAGGACUAGAAAGCUUGGAGUGGUUGUGGCUCUCUGAUAAUUCCUUAACCCUCACAGUGAAUUCGACAUGGGUUCCUCCUUCAAGUCUAACAAAUAUUGAACUUCGGUCAUGCCUUCUCGGGCCUAAAUUUCCACCGUGGCUUCGAUGGCUAACUAGUCUAGACAAUCUUGAUAUCUCAAACACAAGCAUAUCCGACACGGUUCCAGAUUGGUUUUGGAUAACGGCUUCUACAUUGUACACUCUAAAAAUGGGACAUAACAAAAUUAGUGGUUCUCUUCCAUCUACAAUAGAAUUUAUGGGAGCAACCGCAAUUGAUCUUGGUUCUAACCAGUUCAAUGGCACAAUGCCUAAGCUUCCCAUUAGUCUAAGUGACUUGGAUCUCAGUAGAAAUAAAUUAGAUGGACCACUACCACUAGAUUUUGGAACUCCGAAUCUAAUGAAACUAGUUUUAUUUGAUAACUCCAUAUCUGGCACCAUUCCCUCUUCAUUUUGCAAAAUGAGAUCAUUAAUACUAUUGGAUAUCUCCGGAAAUAAGCUAAAUGGACCAAUUCCUGAUUGCUCUACUAAUACAUCCACAACAAACAUGACCAGUAUGAGUAUUCUUAACCUAAGCUUAAGAAACAACAAUCUCUCCGGUGAAUUUCCUUCAUUUCUUCAACACUGCCAAGAACUCGUCUUUCUUGAUCUUGCACACAACCAUUUCGUUGGAACUUUGCCAACAUGGAUUCGGGAGAAAUUGCCACAGUUGGCUUUCUUACGACUACGAUCGAACAUGUUCUGUGGUCACAUUCCAGAGGAGCUGACGAAGCUAGUCAGGCUUCAGUAUUUGGACCUUGCCUACAAUAAUAUAACUGGUAGCAUACCAAAAUCUAUUGUUAACUGCAAAGGGAUGAUAGCAACAAGAGAUAAUUAUGAUGAUGGUGGUGAUGCAUCCCAUCGUGCUUUUGGCUUCAAUGAUGAAUGGGAACAUGGCCCUAAUGAAUUGGUCACCUAUACCGAGAAUUUCACGGUUGUCACAAAGGGUCAAGAGAGAUUAUAUACAGGAGAGGUCAUAUACAUGGUGAACCUUGAUUUAUCAUGUAAUAAUAUUAUUGGUGAUAUUCCCAAAGAUAUCAGCGCUCUUGUCAAAUUGAAGAGCCUGAACCUAUCAUGGAACAUCUUCAGUGGAAAAAUUCCGGAAAAUAUUGGCGCCUUGGCGCAAGUGGAGUCGCUGGACCUAUCGCACAAUAGGUUGUCUGGUGAAAUCCCUGCAAGCUUGUCGGCUCUUACAUCAUUAAGCCGCUUGAACCUGUCAUAUAACAACCUGACAGGAGAGGUGCCAUCAGGAGAUCAACUGCGGACACUUGAGGACCCAGAAUAUAUUUAUGUUGGCAACCCAGGCCUCUGUGGUCCACCUCUCUCGCAUAAAUGUCCACAACCAGAGCCAAUUCCAUCUACUCCAAAACACCAUGGUGAUUUAAACGACGUGGCAUCGUUUUUCAUCGCUAUGGGUUCUGGAUAUGUAAUGGGUAUCUGGGUGGUCUUCUGCACCUUCCUGUUCAAGAGGAAAUGGACAGUUUAUUGGUACUCGGUUUGCGACAGCUUGUAUGACCGGGUCUAUGUGCAAGUGGUUCUAACCUGGGCUUCCUGGACAAGAGAAAAAGGCGCAGAAGCUGAGACCAAUCACUAGCUCGCUUUGGUUCUCCAUUUGCUAUCAUUUGAGUGUGCGGAUUUUACCAUGUAUCAAUGUUGUUACAGUAUUGUACUCAUACAGUUCACAUAUACAUAUUUGUGGAUUGUGUUGUAGACUAGGGUUUGGAUAAAUGUAAAGUUGAUUUGUAAUCAAUAAUGCCAGGGGCCACACCAAGACCCCUGUUCCAGGAGUGUGUUUGUCAAUGACUGAAUUAACCGGUGCUCAAAGUUAUAAGAUCAACACCCGUGCGCACACAAAGCAAGGCUCGAUUCCUUCAUUCGAUACACUAUACUGGGCGCCGAUGCAGUUUCUUCACUAGAGAAACAAUGCAUAGGGUUCAGACUUUUCACUGGAAAAAUAUUAUACAUGGUUCAAACUUGAGACAAACUCUCUUGCCACAUCCCAUUCUUAGCUCUGAAUCCAAUUCAUCAUGUUUAUUCUAAUAGGACUAGGAUUUCUGACGGCCAGAAUUUAGUCUGUGCAAAGGCUGUCAAACUCAAAAGGAAAGAUUUUAAUUUUACCCUUUCAGUCAUGACACACUAUACUGCACGCACACGCAAUUUCUUCACUAGAGAAACAUUUUCACAGGUUUCAGACAUCUGGAGACAAGCAAAUUUGUUCUGAAUUAUUGUUCACAGCCAUAAUUCAUUCUGACGAUUUUAUUCUGAACACUGAUAUUACAGGAUAGGAUUUUAUUCUGAACACUGAUAGGAUUUAUACACAAAA